AUGAGUAGGUUUCAAGGAUUGUCAGGAAUAAGGAGCCUGGAACAGUUAAAAUCUUUGUCAGGAUCUGCGAAGGCACUAUCGAUUUCUUCGCGCGUGUCUACGGACUCGGUUUCUUUGGGAAGUUUAGCAAAUCUGAAGCUCACUGCAGAGAAAUUGGUCAAAGAACAAGCUUCUGCAAAAACUGACCUUGAACUGGCGAACUCUAAGCUGAAGAAGCUGACGGACCAUAUCAGUGUGCUGGAAGAGAAAUUGCAAAAUGCGUUUAAUGAAAAUGCUAAGCUAAAAGUGAAGCAAAAAGAAGAUGAGAAGCUCUGGAAAGGACUUGAAUCAAAAUUCUCUUCAACAAAGACCUUGUGCGAUCAACUUACAGAAACAUUACAGCACUUGGCUGUUCAGGUUCAGGAUGCUGAAAAGGAUAAGUCAUUUUUCGAAGAUAAUUUCUCUACAACAUCAGUUGCUCUUGAUAAUUUACAUGAUCAGAUGAAGUCUCUGUCUUUGAGGCUGAACUCUUCAGAAAAUACAGUUAAAAGCCGUGAAAUGGAGCUUGUGGAUCUUGGUCUCAGGAAGGAAAAAAUGGAGAUCUCGUUCAGGGAUGAACAGAGCAGAGUUGGCAUUCUUAUUGAGGCAAAAGAUGCCAUGAUAAAAAAAUUAGAAGAAGCUGUAGCAACUAACAAAAUGGCUCUGGAUAGGUUGACUACUAAGAUGGACACUUUACAUCUUGAACUGAAAAUAAAAGAAGAUGACCUGCGAGAUUUGAGGAACUGUAAGGAAAAAUUGAAGAGGGAAAAAAUUGAUCUAUUAUCAAGUAACAAAGAUUUUUCUAUCAGAUUAGAGAAGGCACUUGCAGAGAUAAAGAACGUUGAAGAAUUUGUCAAUGUGCUGGUCGCAAAGUUUGCUGAGUUGGAGAAUCAAAGUCUGAUGUUUGCGGAAAAAGUCAUUCAGCUUAAUACUCUAUUUGAUUCAUGUUUUAAGCUGGUUCAGCAAGAGAAAGACCUUGCUUCUCAGUGUGCUAAACAAAAGUUUGAUCAAAUACAGAAUCAGUCUUUACGUGUUACCUCAGAGAAAAAUGCUUUACAGCUGGUUAAUCAGGAGUUGAAAAACAAAGUCAUUAAACUUCAGAAAGAACAGGAACUGACAAUGGUGCAGCAUGCAGAAGAAUGCCGUUUAGCAGAAGAGAAAAUUCUGAAAUUAGAGUCUGAAGCUGAAGCAUUACUCUCGAAGCAGACAGAACUAGGAACUUUAAUAACCAAGUUGAAGGAAAAUAUUGAUAAUUCAUCAGAGAAGUCAAAAUUGUCAGAUAACAAAAUGGAAGAAUUGUUGUUGAAACUUUCUGAGUUGGAGAUGGACAACAAAGAUCUUGCAGAAAAGCUACAAGCAGAUACUCUGAAAAAGCAGGGAGACAUUGAUCUUUUGCACAAGGAGAUAGAGAUAAGUGAACAAAAUGUAGAUUCACUACAGAAAAGAGCUAGUCAACUUGAAAAGGCAUUGGAUGAGAAGGACCAGCUCAUUUCUGAACUCAAGAUGAAAGAAAAACAGUUUAAAGAUUGUAAAGCAGAGAUUCAGGCAGCACUAGCCGAUGCUGAAGGAAAGCUUAUGGAAGCUAAGAAGCAGCAUGAUCAAAUGUUAGAAAGUAAGCAAUUGGAACUGUCAAGGCACCUGAAAGAAAUAUCUCAGAAAAAUGAUCAGGCCAUUAAUGAUAUACGGCGGAAGUAUGAGGUGGAGAAGCUGGAGAGUGUUAAUCUUGAGAAAGAAAAGGCAGAGGAAGUUUUUGGAGAAAUGGAAAGAAAGUGCGAGCAAAGGAUUGAAGAAUCCCAGAAAUACUUGAUGCGGGUGCAGGAAGGACAUGCGGCUAUGAUUAGCCACAUUCAGCAAGAACACGAUGCAAAAGAAAUGGGUCUCAUAACCAAGCACAGUGAAGAGCUAAAACGUCUCCAACUUCAAGCCGAAAAUGAAUUAAGAGAGAAAACUACAAUGCUCAGAUCUGAGCAUGAUGCUCAGUUAAGAGCUUUGAAGUGUGAGCAUGAAGAUGAGUGCAGAAGACUGCAGGAGGAGUUGGACUUUCAGAAAUCAAAGGAAGAGAGGCAGAGAACCUUACUGCAAAUGCAGUGGAAAGCAAUGGGUGACCAUCCACAAGAGGACCAAGAAGCAAAUUCAAACAAGAAUUACUCAAUUUCAUCCAAGAUGAGAAAUUCUGAAAGUCGAAAAAAAAAUCAGCAUGCAAGCCAGACACCUAUCUCAAGUUUGUUGAAAAAAGUUGAGAAGGUGAACGGAGGAAGUCUUCCCCAACACAGUAGGAAGGUGACUCACCAUGAAUAUGAAGUUGAAACAUCAAAUGGUAGAACAGUUACAAAACGACGGAAAACUAAAAGUACAGUCAUGUUUGGGGACCCAAGGAAGAACAGGAAGGGAGAGACACGAAAAGCUAAGAAUCCCAAAGAUGUUACCAAGGCAAGGACAAUCUGAGUAAAUUAUUCCAAGGCUUCUUUUCUCUAUGCUUUCCAUCUGGAUUUUUGAUCAAAUGAGUUUUUGAAUGUGU